AUGUCAAUAGCGAAAUUUACCCAGCGAAUAACAGCCCGCUCACAGGACAAGUACGCGCAGGGUACGUCGAUAAAGAUCUCGAUACCCGAGAAUGAGCCAAAGUCGCUUUAUAAGGCGAUGUGGCUGUCGAUCGCAGGAACCGGCGACUUGGAACGCAACGGGCAAGUGUCAUCCACGCGGAUGCCAUUCCUGGAAGGUGUCUCUCGCCAGAAGCCGACAGCCCCCUGA